AUGGACGCGAAACUGAAUGAUCUAAUGUACCUCAACUCCAAACCCUCCGACUACCAGGUGGAGCGUGUGGACGAUGAAAUCGAACAGGUAGCUAGAGAGAUCUUCAAUGAAAAGCCAGACUUGUCUUGGCCAACCAUUAAGAAGUAUGCUUCAACUAGACUCUCUACUUUGUUUGACUUGCCAAUCCACCACACCGACAAAAAGUGGUACCAACUUGUCAAUCCCGUACCUGCUUUGAAAUCGAUGUCAAAACUGGACUAUAACUUCUACUUCUUGGGUUUCUUUGCCUGGACAGUAGACUCAAUGGAUUUCUUCUGUGUUUCUGUCACUGCUCCCUAUAUUGCUGCUACUUUGAAUGUUAACACUACCCAGAUAACUUGGGGUUUAACUUUGGUGUUAAUGUUCAGAUCUGUUGGUGCUUUUAUUUUUGGUUUAUUGGCAGAUUACUACGGUAGAAAAUGGCCAUACAUCAUUAUUUGUCUCUUGUUUAUUAUUGUCGAAGUCGGUACUGGUUUUGUUCAAACUUACGCUCAAUUCUUAGGCGUUCGUGCUCUAUUUGGUAUAUUAAUGGGUGCCAUGUACCCAGUUGCCAGUGUUACAGCUUUGGAAAAUCAACCUAAACGUGCACAAUCUGUCCUUUCCGGUCUUUUCUUGCCUGGCUACUCGUUGGGUUACAUUUUUGCAAUGGUCUUUUUCAGAGCUUUCCAAGGCACCUACAGAGAAGGUGAAGGCUGGAGAUCACUUUUCUGGUUCAGCGCUGGUCUUCCUCUUAUUUUGAUUGUAUGGAGAUUGCCCUUCCCUGAAUCUGCCGUUUACCUCAAGAUCAAGGAAUCGAAGAAGAGAAUGAAUGGUGACAUUGAGAAGACAGGAUUUUCCAAGGUUUUUGACAAGAGUGCCUUGAUGACUAUCAAAACCGAAUGGUUGAUGUUUAUCUACCUUGUUCUUCUCUUGACUGGUUUCAACUUCACUACUCAUGGCUCUCAAGAUUUGUACGUUACUCUUCUUACCAAACAGUACAAUGUUGAUUCUGACUACAGAACUGUCAUUGUCGUUGUUAGCAACCUUGCAGGUAUUGUCGGUGGUGUCGUUGUUGGUUCUUUCAGUGAAGUCUUCGGCAGAAGACUUUCUAUCAUAAUCUGUAUGAUCUGGUGUGGUGCUUUCCUUUACCCAGCAUUCAUGCACGCUAAACUGCAAUGGUGGGCAUAUGCUAUGUUGAAUGCCGGUGUGAUGGGUGCUUGGGGUAUUGCCCCUAUACAUCUUCUUGAGUUGGUCAAUGCCACUCACAGAGCUUUCUUGUCUGGUCUUGUCUACCAAUUGGGUAACCUUGCGUCGUCUGCUGCUUCUACCAUCGAGGCCAGAUUAGGUGAACGAUUCCCCCUUGGAGAUGGCAUUUAUGACUACGGUAAGGUUGUGUGUAUUUUCUGCGGUGCUGUUUUUGCUUACAUGAUUUUCAUUACUAUUGUUGGUCCAGAAAGAUUCCACAGAGACUUGGAAGUUCAUUACCUCGAUGAAGUUCCUGAAGAAGGUUCUAGUAGUGAUAUGCUGCUGACCAACAAGGCUUGA